ACCGGCUUGGACUGUGGUAUCUACGAUCACGCAGCCCUGCGUCAUGGUCUGGCGAAUCAAGCCGGUGCUAGAAUCGCCUCCGUCUGCUCUAUAUCUCCAAGUCUGGUUGGUAGGCGAGAGGCCGCACAGCUAGUCGGUGGUCAGGGCUCGAGUCUUCACCUGUCUAACCCUCCUCCGCCCUCGAGCCUGGGCCAGUUUGGCCGGCCUGUGAUGUCCUGUUCCUGCGGCCAAUUUGGGUCACGUUAA